AUGAAACAAUCUCUCCUUUCCUUCACACUCCUAUUCCUCUUCGUUAACCACAGUUCCGCGGCUUUAACUAAGUCGCCGGCUCAGGCCCCAUUGCAAGACAAGCCGAUUGUUCAAACCCCGGCCGAGGCGCCAACCAAACCGGCGGUUCAAGCUCAACCCCCGUCUCAAUCAUCCCCCGCUCAGGCCCCGGCCGGGGUUCCCCUGGUCCAAGCCCCGUCCGAAAUUCCCCUAGUUCAAGCCCCGCCGCGGAAGGCCAAACCAGCCCCCACCAACGUCACCAAAAUCCUAGAAAAAGCCGGCAACUUCGGCGUCUUCAUCCGAAUCCUCAAAAACACACAAGUUAUCAACCAAAUUGAAAAUCAGCUCAACACCUCCAACUCCUUAACCAUUUUGGCUCCCACCAACGGCGCCUUCUCGGGUCUCAAAGCCGGAACUCUCAAUUCUCUCACCACAGAACAAAAAGUCCAGCUUGUUCAGUACCAUAUUCUUCCUUCUUUUAUAUCACUCUCAAACUUCCAAACUCUCAGCAAUCCUGUCCGUACACAAGCUAGUAACACUGAGGAGUACCCUCUUAACAUCACAACGGAAGGAAAUUGGGUGAACAUAUCGACCGGUCUUGUGAACACUUAUAUUUCCGGGACAGUGUAUGCGGACAAUCAGCUAGCUAUCUAUAAGGUGGAUAGGGUGUUGCUUCCUCUUGCGAUUUUUGCUCCGAAGCCUAAGGCUCUGGCACCGGCGCCGGCACCGGCACUGGCCAAGCCUAAUCCAGACUCGUCCUCAUCCUCGUCAUCGUCUUCUUCAUCGUCGUCUUCUUCCUCGUCAGGUGAUAACCCUACUGGCGCCGUGUUGGAGUCAUCUUAUGGUCUUAGAGUAGCCAAAAAUGGGGUGGUGACCGUUGGAGUUGUGGUUGCAACAAUUUUUUUGUGA